CAGUGGAAUGAGCCUUGACGGCUCAAGUUACAUGCGUGGAGCUACAGCUCCAAGUACUGGUUCGUUCGCUUUCUCACCUUUCGUACAGCAGCCGCAGUCGCAGCAGUUUCAGCAUCCUUUUUUUAUCUUCGGUCGUUCCCCUGCUCAGCAACAACAACAACAAUAUCAGCAACAGCAGCAACAACAACAACAGCAACAACAACAACAACAACAACAACAACAACAACAACAACAACAACAACAACAACAACAACAACAACAACAACAACAACAACAACAACAACAACAACAACAACAACAACAACAACAACAACAACAACAACAACAACAACAACAACAACAACAACAACAACAACAACAACAACAACAACAACAACAACAACAACAACAACAGCAACAGCAACAACAGCAACAGCAACAACAACAACAGCAACAGCAACAGCAACAGCAACAACAGCAACAGCAACAGCAACAACAGCAACAGCAACAGCAACAACAGCAACAGCCGGGCAUUGUUUUUCAGCCUCCAAAUUUACUUAACAAUACUCAGAUCAAGACGACCGCUAAUCUAGGGAGACAUUAAAAUGCUACACAUUUG